AUGAAGCUGGUUACUAUUGGAACGAAGCGCAAAAGCUUCACCUCUUCUUCCGUGUUCCAGAUGUGGGUCAUCAGCCACACCAAGCAGCGGUUGGUUCCGGUUGCAGCCUCGCAGGACCAGACGCAUUGGAACGUGGCGACUGGCAGUGUGAAGGUACCAGUACAAGUGCUGCCGAUGAGGCUUCAGGAGAUAAGAAGCACGCCAUGGUUUCUUGAACAGGGAAUCUCCGGUGCCGACGUGUAUGAGCCGAGUGGCACUUAUGGCACUCUGCAGAAGAACCUGGGAAAGGAUGCCCGAGUGACAUUGCACCGUCAAACCGUAGUCCACGAGACAUCGUCCUCGCGGUGUGGUGGUUGCAAGGCCAAUUUUGCUCACGGAGACCCACAUAGCGAUUCGGUAGUCAUCCGGGCCGGCGGUGAGACUUUCUACUUUAAGCAGGUCUUUGGUGAUGGCCACAAGCUUCGCUCUCGUGCCACUCGGACAAAGCGGCGGGUAUGCAUUGGCUAUCAGAUGGAGGACGUACGAACAUACUUCACCGAGGACUGCGACCUCAAAGUGAUCUGCGAGGUUCAAUGGACAGGCCAUAUCGGGUCGGCCACAGCGUGGUAUCUUGAGAAUGGCACAGCCAGCAACGAUGCUUUCGCGCCGACGGGCACUGUUGAGAUGCUGCAGGAGAACCUUCGCCAGGCCCAAGAAGGCAUCUUCGCAGUGUGGACGAAUGGGGUUGUCGUUGGACAUGAGAUCGCCUCCGUGACAUCAGUUAUACACUCUUCAAAAGAAAGUGCAGAUGUGGUGCGACAUGGGCAAGGAAAGCAUGGCUGCGGAAUGCUGCAGGCUCAUUCCGGUCGCAUGCAAGGAACCAGUGGAUACCAGUGGUGGACUCCCAACAACGUGGAAUUGGCCAUCGGCUCUGCAGCGACAUGUCCCGUCAUCAUCGAACGCCUCCUCUGGCGGCUAGGUGGCAACUGCAGCAUACCCACGACAGCGGCCUCCACUGCAGCAUGUGACGAGGCAAAGCGCUUCAUCUUCAAAGCUUUAGACACUGUCGUGUCGGAGCCAAAGGUUCGAGUCCUUUUUGACUUCGAUCUGGUUGGAGAGGGCGUGUGGCAUGGUGGUGGCAAGGAGGCCUUGCCGGACGAGAGCACGGAUGAAUGGCUGGUGGAGAAGGCUCCCCCAGCAGACGUGAACGCUUCCAUUCCACGCUUGCUCCUGAUGCAGCCUUAUGGUACGCCUCACAAGCGUCUCCGACUUCCGGAGGUUCCCCGCAUGAUCUUGGAGCGGCACGAGUGGUACACGCAGAUUGAGAAGAUGACGUUGCUGAAUCUUCACUCCAAGUCACCUAUUGUGGGGCCCAUUCUCCACAUCGAGGUUCCUCCUCCGCCGGAUUUUGACCUCGAUGACCCAGAGAUCCGGAGCAAAGUCGAGCGCGGGGAGGACCUUGGCAAGGCACACCAGGAGGAUGGAUUGCCUGGAGCUCUUCAUGGAAGCACGGGGCUGCUCUAUGCAGCUAUGGCAUUCGAGGAGGACAUAGUGAAUGUUCGGUUCCAUCCUGGUGGUAUUUUGCUGGAGGGCAUGAUGGAGAUGUUCCUCCACUAUGGCCCGAAGCUUCGCACGAUCAGCUUGGAGGGGAACGCCGGCUUUGUGACAGAGGACGCGCUGUCGCUCUUGACUUUGGCUGCUGACUCGGAUGGUUUGGCUGGCGACACGGUGAAGACCUUGGACCUGGAGGACUGCGAUCUGAACUCGGGGCACUUGGAGGCUGUCCUCCACACCGUGAAGAACCUCCGAGCAUUGCAGAUCCUGGACCUGGCAGGCAACAAGUUUGACGGCCCCACAGCUCUCAACCUGGUGGGAGCCCUCUGUGAAAGCAGGAUCGACCUUGACAUUUUACGAUUGGAUGGAAAUCCCUUGGGCACACCAGAGGUCUUUAAGAACGAGGUUGCAACGCUGCUGGCCAACCGGGGUGAGUCCGUCAUAGCUGGUGGCGACCUUGUGCUGCACCUGGGCGACGAUGCUGUACGUUGGUGCCCUGCGCCCCGUGAGGGGUCUCUGGCGCGAAGACUGCGUGAGGAGGGCGGAGACGUGGUUCGCACAUCGUCCCUGAAGGAGAUGGAUCGCUUGGUUGCGCAAACAGAGGCGCAGAUCUUGAAAUUCCAGCAAAACGAUCCGGCAGCGAAGUCUUCCGGCGGCCGCGACUGGCUGCGCCGACGGCGGCAGCAGAAUGCCAAGGUGGCCAUGAUCUACAGGACCAUGGACCCCAUGGGUACGCUGAAGUUCAAGUGCCCCGACAUCUUUUUGGCAACAUUUCUGACGAACUCACAGACGUCAUUGCACUGCAAGCACAUGCGCUUUGCCGCAGCAGCUGCACAUGGGCCAAACACGCUAGUCACUGUGAGCUUCACUUGCGCAGGGCAGCCACUGGAUCCGGCUGGCGAGAGCGAGAUGUGUUCGAUGGAACUCGUCACUGCGUUGGCAAAGCUGACACAGGUGAUGCCCAUUGCCGGAGUAGAGUCCAUGGAAGAGGAGGAUCUCGAGGGCCCGCCGGGAGCAGAGCAGAUGAAGGCACGCAGUCUCGGGCUGGGAGAUGAGACUUCCUGUUUGAAGCGUACACACUGCUACCCUGUCAUGAACCAGAUCAUGUCGCCUGCAAUGUCCGUUGAGAAGGUUGUUGGCGUCGCCCUUGCCAAUGCCGCAGCUAACCAGCAAGGGCAGCUUCGCGGUACAGUGUCGAUGGUGCCGGCUCCAGCCGGUGCACCCAUGCCGUCGAGGAUGUGCAGCGACGUGGUCGGCAGGGGCAGGGUCUCUUUGUGCAAGACCAGCUUGCCAAAAUGUAGAGAGCUGGGGCUUGGACUUCCAGCUCUGCCAAGCUCGAAAAAGCUUCGUGACAGCCCGGACAGCACUGUGGCCCGAGGCCACAGCCAGUCUAAGCUCGUAUCGAAGAAGCGCAUCUUGACUGAAGAUGCUCCGCAAACGAAAGUAGCUACGACGGCCCUGGGUGUGCGAAGUGUAAGUCCAAGUCCGUUCAGGGUACGGCCUGCAGGCUAUGAUUGCAAAAGGCGUGCCGUGGCAUCAGCAGUGUGGGCUGCCAAGCUUGGAGCGGAGAAUGCAAUCCGCCUUGUCAGUACCAGAUUGCCACAGACCGCCGCAGUAAAUCAGCAGAGCAGCUGA